AUGAAAGGGAAGGGAAUAAUCAUAAGAGGGUGGGCACCUCAAGUGUUAAUUCUUGAACACAAGGCAACGGGAGCAUUUGUGACCCAUUGUGGAUGGAAUUCAACCUUGGAAUCAGUGACUGCUGGGGUUCCCAUGAUAACAUGGCCAAUUUAUGCCGACCAAUUUUUCAAUGAGAAAUUGGUAACAGAAGUCCUUAAAAUUGGGGUACCUGUCGGUGCCAAAAAGUGGAAUGGAUUAGAAGGAGAUAGUGUUUCAUGGGAUGCGUUGGAGAAGGCAGUGAAGAGCAUAAUGACUGGGGAAGCAGCCAUUGUAAUGAGGAACAGCGCAAAGAACCUCUCGAAGCAGGCUAGGCUUGCCAUGGAAGAAGGAGGAUCCUCUGACUCUGAUUUGAUAGCUUUAAUUGAAGAAUUAAGUUCGAUGACUUUCUGA